CGGUUAGGUCCUUCCUCCGGGACCUUUCCUUCACUGGGCCGCCCACUAUGACAAUCACCUACAGCUGCAUUGCUAACGGCCGAGCGAUCCUAGCGGAUCUGGCUUUGACAGGCGGCUCCUAUCAGGAAACAGCAGCAACAGUGCUUAGACUAGUGCUACUUAAAGCUGAACCAAAGACCACAAUUCAAAUGGGAAGCUUUGUCUAUCAUAGUCUCUUUAUUGAUGGAAUCAUUUACCUAUGUGCCUCAGACAAUGCAUUGGAUAGUGUAACACCAUCUGCAUUUCUUAAAAGUGUAAGUUAGCGAUAUUUUCUGAGAAAUCCUUUGAUGUCACAAGAACAUUUUUCUCCUUCAAAUGCAGUUGCUGCCGAUUUUCAGCAAGUAUUAGGGAAGGAUAUGUUGAAAUACAAUAAAAAUCAAGAUGACAGCUCAAUAUCCACACUGAGGAGUCAAGUAACUGAUGUAAAAAUUGUUAUGACCCAGAAUAUUGAUAAAAUAUUGGAAAGCGAAGAAAAAUUGAAUAUCUUCACUGACAGAACAAAUGAUCUCCAAAUAACUGCCAAAGAUUCCCAAAAAACAAGAAAGAUUCUUAGGAGGAUAUGGUGGAAACACUUCAAAAAGAUUAUAAUCAUCAGCGUGGCAACUCUCCUUUCAAUCAUCAUCAUUCUUUUAAGUACAAAUAUAAUACCAACUUAAUCCUUUUUUUCUCCAUCCCCAAUAGGUACCAAUAAAUUGUUACAUGUAAUUAUAGAGUUCUGUAACCAACAAUCAUGAAAGCAUUCUCUCCUGGUAGGACUGGAGGAGGGAACUGGAAGUAUUACCUUGUCCCUUGAGUGUCCCUUGACUCAUCAUUGUACACCCAUUCCUUUUCUAUAAUCUCAUUUGUUCUAUUACACUGGUCUACUACUUCCCUAGCCUCCCUUUAAAAAGCACAAACCCUGUUAUCAGACUGCCAAGGUUUAACUCUCUAUUCCGCCACAUACCAUCUAGGUGACUUUGAACAGUCAGUUAAACUGUACUCAUUCCCCUCAUCUGUAAAAUGAAGCUAAUACCACCACCACAUAGUUUUAUGUCUACCACAGAGCAAGUGCUAUUUAAGUGUUAACUAUUACUUAAUACGAAAAGAUGAUAGAAUUAAUCGCAUUGAUUCAAUUCCUAUAAUUUUAUCCUUACUCAGAAAUGAGCUUGUACUCAAAAUUCCCUUAGAAAUAUGAGAAUCUGAACGUGAGUAUAGUCUAGAGAUAUUUUUACCUCUUGUUCAAAGUGUUUCAUUUGAAAUGGAAAUCGAAACCACUGUGUUUUCUAUUAGGCAUUUUCC